GCAGUGUGGUGUGUCACUUUGCCAAUAUGAAAACAAGUUGGUGUUUUCGAUGUAAUUGCGUUUAAUUUAGCGACUUUGCCUGUGAUAUUUUGAAGAAACUAAAACGUGCUUUUUAAGACGCGGUCGCGUAUCCUCCGGAAAAAUAAAGUCCGUAUUGUUACGUUAACGUCAAAUUUCCAAUAUUUGGCUAAUGUAAUAUGGCCGCCUGAAGGAACUUCAUUCAUGUAUUUCAUUAUAUGAAAUUUAUUUUUUACAAAGGAAUGGAGUUACGAGUUGGUAAUAAAUAUAGGUUAGGCCGUAAGAUAGGAUCUGGCUCUUUCGGAGACAUUUAUUUAGGAACAAACAUUUCUACGGGAGAGGAAGUAGCUAUAAAAUUAGAAUGUAUAAAAACGAGGCAUCCCCAGCUUCACAUAGAAUCAAAAUUUUAUCGGAUGAUGCAGGGUGGAGUUGGCAUCCCCCAGAUUAAAUGGUGCGGGAGCGAAGGCGACUACAACGUCAUGGUAAUGGAACUCCUCGGUCCGUCCCUGGAGGACCUGUUCAACUUUUGUUCGCGACGGUUUACGUUGAAAACGGUCCUGCUCUUGGCGGAUCAGCUGAUAUCGCGAACGGAUUUUAUCCAUUCGCGGAACUUCAUCCACAGAGACAUCAAGCCCGACAAUUUUCUCAUGGGAUUGGGAAAAAAGGGCAACCUAGUCUAUAUUAUAGACUUCGGAUUAGCAAAAAAGUACAGAGACGGACGCACCCACUUGCAUAUACCGUAUAAAGAAAACAAAAACCUUACCGGUACUGCAAGAUACGCCAGUAUAAACACCCACUUAGGAAUAGAACAGUCGAGGCGAGACGACUUAGAAUCUUUAGGUUAUGUUUUAAUGUAUUUUAAUAGGGGCUCGUUGCCUUGGCAAGGCCUGAAGGCGGCUACUAAGCGUCAAAAAUACGAACGCAUCUCGGAAAAAAAAAUGUCCACUCCCAUAGACGAAUUAUGUAAAGGCUACCCUAUAGAAUUUCCUACGUACCUAAAUUAUUGUAGACAACUAAGGUUCGAAGAGAGACCCGAUUAUAGUUACCUAAGACAGUUGUUCAGGACUUUGUUUCAUCGGCAAGGAUUUACAUACGAUUAUGUGUUCGAUUGGAAUAUGCUUAAGUUUGGUGGAUCAAGGGGUAGCCAUUGCGAAGAAAAUAGUGGUCGGUCCGGAGGCAGAUACGCGGGUCACGCGACAGGCAACGCGGACUCGUCUCCCGCAGUCCUAACGCAGCAGCAACAUCAGCAGCAGUCUCGGACCAGGAGGACCCCACACGACACUCGGAUGGACAUAGUGUCGGGAGUGGCCGGAGGAAAUUCGGCGGUUCCCAAUCCUAUAGACGACGUUAUUACUAGCAAUUCACCGCGAAUGUAUGAUAGUCACGUGCACGAAAGGAGGGUAUCCAUGCGACUGCAAAGGGCUAGUCAAGGUGCUCCGAAUGCUUCCACAUCCGAUUUGAGCACAUCAAAGCAGGCCAAGAAGCGCCAGCGGUGUGGCAAUGGUGCCUCCCACCCAGACCGGGGCGCAGGUCCAAGCGGGCCUGCCUAGGAGGGGUAGCAGUUCCAAAGACCCGCCACCGGCGAGGUUGAAAAAGUGAAAAGCCUUGCGGAUUUAAUAAAACAGUGAACAAAUUUUUUCUUUUAGGUUAAGUGUAUUUUGGAAAUCCAUUGUAGGUGUCUCGAGAAGUGAUUAGAGUGUUAAUGUUUUGUGUUAACAAGGCUCGCAAUAUAAAUAUGCGCGACUUUCUUGGAGUGCAAAAUUUUUAUCUGUUGCUAAGCGAUCGUCUCCGAAAUUUACCGAUUGAUUUAAAGCAAAUGAAUGUGAUAUUUAUUUAACACAUUUAAAACACCCUUCAAAAUUAUUUGGUUAUAGGUUCAGUUGUUUUAUUAUGUACCACCGUUAUCUUUUUUAUAUUGUAGCGUUUAAGGAAAUGAAAACAUAGGCAAUGCUGGUACAUAUUCAAUCGAACCCUUUGAGUUUUGUUUUAUUUCCCAUUGUUGGGUAGUUGUAAACUUUUUUCGUUCCAAGUGCAAUCGUGUACCACGGCAUUGCCCUUUAAAUGUUUGUCUCGUACGAUUACAAAAACAACGAUUGAAAAAGAAACAAAAAAAAUGUAUUGUUAAAGUAGCCUAUAGGGCACAGAAGGAUAUGUGCAAAUCUACUUUUUGCAACUGUCAGAUUUGGUUUGGCUGAUGAGACUGAUUUAUACUGAAACCAUAAAGUUUCGGAAAAAUGUAAAAACGAAUUUAAUAAAGCUUUGAAGAACAUUAUACGUAUAUUUUAUAUGCGUAUCUAUACUAUUUAUUAAAUUUUGUAUAAAAUCGCACCUCUUCAGCAUUUGUGGCAAAUAGCGAUCAAAUUUGACAGUGAAUUUAAUAAAUUAUACAAAGCCCACGACUAUAAUUGUAAUUCUUAAAUGGGUAAAAAAUUAUGUACAUAUCUAGACUGACAUUGUGUAUUUCUUUGUAUAGGAUCAACACUUUUUAGUUUUGUGCGGAAAUUUUUAUAAUAUAAAUAACUACAUAAAUGCUAGGCUAGCGUGGGUGGGUUGUUGUAUGAGUUUGAUUUGCUGGUACAGUUGACUCAUUAGCAUUUGUGAUUUUUUUUAACAACAUUUUUUUGGGAGGGGGGAGGAAUCAUAGAAGUUUGAUGAGUCAGCUAAUCGACAAAGAUAUAUUUCAACGUUUCUUUAAAGAUGUAUGUACGCAAAACAUACAGCAAAAAAAAUUGCCAUGUUACGCCAUGGAUUCAGUUAUAUAUUUAGUAGGAUGAUUAUGUAUUCUUUACAAAAAUAUUUCCCGUGUUGAUUGUUUUUUUUUUGUUACUAUGUGCCGCCCGCACUGAAUAUUUUUCAAUGUUACUUUAUAAUGCUCAUGCAAUCUGUCUUUGUAAAUAUAUAUAUAUAUGUUAAAUUUAAUUUCUUUGCGUGAAUACCUGGUUUUCAGAUUCAAUACCAAAUGUGAUUAAAAAAGUAAGUCUCACCUUUUAGGCUAGAAUAUUUUGAACUUAUCGCCAUGAUACAGGGAACCAAACCUAUUUUUGUUUGCAUUAUCGUCACAUAUACGCCUGCAUAUAACGGAAUCUUAAGCAUUGUAUACAGAUUUAACUGACUGAAUUUUUGAAGUGCAUUUUGUUCCUAUAUUUAAAAAUCUCGAUUUUCAUGUUCAUUGCUGAAAUCGAAAAUGUUUUUGCAAAUUAAUUUGUUAGUAUGAAGUUUGCAAGAAGAAAGUUUGAAAGACAAAGCACACAACUAAAACAAUAGGCGGUCUAGGCUAAUUGCAAUCACAAUAUUUGGUCCAGUGAAGUCGUAUGGCAAUGGCAUGGAAACCAAGAGUUUUAUGUUAAGUGAAAAUUUUCCAAAGUAAUAAAACAUCUUCCUUUAAAUCAAUGCAUUUAGGUAAUAGUACUUUUGAAAUUUUUAUUUGUAUGUGGUAAGAGCUAAACUUUUUUUUAAAUUAAUUUAGCAAGUUAUGUAAUCAUAUAUUUUAACAAAAAGCAUAACUUUUUCUUGUACAUAUUACCAAACGCGUUCUUAAUGUUGUGUAUAUAUUUGAACAUGGAGGUAACCUCAAAUUAGUGCAUUAUUUUGUAAAAAAUUUGAAUUGCCCUGUAACUGACAAAUUACCGAAUUGAAUUGAUGCGAAUGUGUUAGUACUUACAAAUUGCAAAUUAAACAGAAAGAAGAAGAAAACAACAACACACAAAACUUGAUCAUUGGAAAAAUCAUGUUUUUGGUUCCAAUAUAAAUAUGAUCGAUUUUGAUUUGGCUUACGAAAUUUCAAAAAAAUGUGGAUUUUUUUUUAUGUUUUCCGAAAACGAUUUUUCCCGAGUUUCUUUUGCACUGUGUAUGUUAAUAUUAAAAGAAAUAAAAAGAAAUGCAGAUUACUUAUUUUCAACCUCUCCUUAAACUUUGAAAUUUCAGUCUUAAUAGAGUUCUUAAAUGAAAAUAAACUUACAUGUUAAGUUAUGUGAACCCCAAAAUAUUUAUCAAAUUAAAAUAAUCAAUAAAUUUAUAUUUUAUUAUUAUUAGCAAGUGAAACAUUGAGAAAUGGUUAUGUUAUGGAAUCGCGAACUUUUCUACUUUAAAUUCUUUUCGGAAUUAUAUUUUUUCUACACAUUUUUGCCUAAGUAAACAUCCCAAAAAGAGAAUACUAAGUAUGUUAAUUUGUUGGUUGUAAUGUUCAAAAAAACCAACAAGUAAGCAUGUUUUAAUUGGCAAAAGCGCAUCGGAAUUUACACUGAAGGCGCAGUAUUACAAGUGUCAUAAAAAUUUAGAUUUUAUUUGUACAACUUCAAUUGAAAGUAUCAAAAUAAUGUUAAAGAGAAUUGCGAAAUAACGCGUACAUCAUUAUUUGGUAAACGUCUUUCAAAUGUUGAAAUGUUUAAAAAUGGACAUUAAAAAUUACAUUCUCAAACUUGAAGAGACGAUUUAUCAAUACAAAUUUCACAAUCAUAGUUUAGUUUCUUAAAAACU